UUGUCCUGGCGUCCACUCCAGCGCUGGGAAAUCAGGAGCUUUGCGAGUCCCACCUGCGAACCAGGUUGAAGGUCGGGAAAUUGCUUCCGAAUGGCAGUCUCCAGGUGCCGUAUGACGGACCUGGCAGUGUCUCUUUCUACCCCGAAGGCACCUUUUGGCGGGAAAAUAAUAACGCGUGGUGGGCCUGUCCGUGCCUCCUCGGAAAGUGCAUUCGACAGUGCAGAGCCAAAGAUUUAAUUUAAUUUAUUUAUUGACAUUUGAUUUAGAAUUCGCUUUGUGGGAAAAAAUAAACAUGGCUCGGCGUUUAGGCAAGAUCGACGUGUGGGACGUGCAGGAAACUCAACCGGUGGAAAUGAGCGAGUACUUUCACGUCGUCUACCACAGCAAAUGCGAAAUAGGGCAUUUCCUGUCAGCUACUGAAAAGCAGGACGAGUUCAGAAUUCUGACCAACGGAUCGCUUUUUUUCCCGAACGAAGAAAGGGAAGAAUAUAACAUGAUAGGCGUUGACCAUUUCUGUCUUCUUCCUCACCAGAAUGGAACACUCAGCGUGAUCAUCUGCUCCGAGUUGGAAGAGCCUCUGUCCGACGGCGCUGAAUCCUGGACGUUGAUAGUCUAUCGGAUUUUCUUCGUGAUAAGCGCCAUUUUCCUGCUGCUGACGAUUGCGGCGCUUUGCCUGACUCAGGAACUGCGCUCGGUCCAUGUGCGCUCGGUGCUUUGUCAGUCGGGCAGCCUGCUCUUGACCUUCGUCGGACUCACUGUCAUCUCCAUCACUGGCGAUACCGUCCAUAUUUACAUUUGCAAAAUCACUUGUUUCAUCACCCAUUACUUCUUUCUGGCCUCUUUUUUCUGGCUGAACGUCAUGUGCAUCGAUAUCUACAUCACAUUCAAAGGGUUCGGAAAGCGAAUAAAUAAACAGUUUCAGAACUUUUCCGUGUACGCUUGGUGCACGCCAUUCAUCAUUUCCGCAAUCACCAUCACUCUGGACCACUUCACAAACCACGAAAUAUUCAGUCCUGGAGUCGGAGAAACGUACUGUUGGUUUAACAAUUUCUGGAGCCAAUUGAUUUAUUUCCACGGGCCUGUGUUGAUUCUGCUUUUGAUCAACUGCUUCCUCUUCUUGGUGACCGCCGUGAGAUUGUGUCGAGCAAAAAGGGACGCGAGCCGCGUGCUCCACGGCGAGGGAUGCAGCGUGCACUGCGGAAACGCCAAGAAGCAGCAGCAGCAGGACAAGGAACAUCUCAAGCUCUUCUUCAAACUCUUCCUUCUGAUGGGAUGCACUUGGAUUUUGGAGUUUGUUUCCUUGGCAGUCGGCGGACCGUCGGAAAUUUGGUACUUUACGGAUGCUGUCAACUGCUUGCGCGGCGUCUUGAUUUUCUGGCUCUGCGUUUGGUCCAAUAAAAACACGCGUGACCAGUUGAAGCAGUGGUUUUGCUCGGCUAGACAGACUGUUAGGGUUAAUUGAUUCGCCAAUCUCCUGAUUUGCACGGAAUUAAUAAAAUUAUUAUAAAUUUCUUUUAAGAAUUUAAAUUGUUUG